CUCACACAGACACCGUAAUGCGGAAGUGUCGCUGUGUCUCUGUCUUUCCAUUCAGAUGUGUAGUGCGGCUUAGCUAGGGGUGGGGGACAGUGACAGGAGAGCCAUGAAGAUCGGUUCGUCGGUGUUUGCUUGCUGCUGCCUGCUUGUCCAAGUGGUGGGCCUGGCUCUGUUCCUGCGGGGGUUCUUCCCAGUCCCUGUCCGCUCUCAGUCCAGGAGAAGCAGCGCCUCUGAUGUACCUGCAGAACCAUCGGCCGCAGGCUUGUCAUCCAACUGGACUCGGCCUCCACAUCCUCUUUUCAAGAGGGUAGUCAUUUUUCUCAUAGAUGGCUUGAGACAGGACUUUAUAUUUGGAACAAAAGGCAAAGAGCACAUGUCUUAUAUUACACAGCUUAUUCAGAAAGGAACAACACACAGCUUUAUAGCAACAGCAACUGCACCAACGGUUACCAUGCCACGGAUUAAGGCCUUGAUGACUGGCACCAUACCUGGGUUUAUUGACAUCGUCAUGAACCUGAACUCACAAGAACUGCAGGAAGACAAUUUGAUAUGGCAAGCUAAGCAAGCAGGGAAAAGAAUAAUAUUUUAUGGUGAUGAUACUUGGAUAAAACUUUUCCCAAAACAUUUUGUGGAGUAUGAUGGAACAACAUCCUUCUUUGUGUCAGAUUUUACUGAGGUUGACAAGAAUGUAACCAGACACUUAGAUGACGUUUUAAAGAGAAAUGAUUGGGAUAUGUUGAUUCUUCACUAUCUUGGACUAGAUCACAUUGGACAUCUGACUGGACCACACAGUCAUUUAAUUGGACCAAAACUUUAUGAAAUGGACAUGGUCUUAAAAAAAAUCCACUCUGCUCUCUUGUUAAAGGAUGAAGAUUCUGUUCCAAGUUUAAUUGUUGUCUGUGGUGACCAUGGUAUGUCUGAAGUGGGCAGUCAUGGGGGGUCUUCUGAAGAAGAAGUACAGACUCCACUGGUUUUAAUAAGUUCAGCAUUUCAAAACAAAGCUGGUCAGUUUACAGCACCAGAGACGGUCCAACAGACUGAUGUGGCUCCGACCCUGGCUCUGGGCCUUGGGCUGCCAAUUUCAAGAAGCAGCUUAGGAAAACUUAUAACUGCCGUUGUAGACCACAAGACAAUGAGAGAACAAUUGAGAUUCCUUCAUUUAAAUGGUCAUCAGUUAUGUAAACUUCUGAAGGAGAACUCGGAAGCUUAUGAAAAAGAUGAAGGCUUGGAGCUAUUUAAGAAAGCAGAAAAGUAUCACGAAAAUUGGAUCAAGCUGUACUUGGAAGGAAAUACAUCUGAAACCCUUACUAACCUUGGCCAAAAACUUCUCAAGCAGUAUCUGGAAGCACUGAAAAAGUUGAGUUCUACAUUAAGCAAACAGGUGGCAGAGUACGAUAUUUAUUCAAUGACUGUUGGAGCUAUCAUAACUUUAGAGAUGUUUUUCCUACUUUUGCUGUGUGUUCCAAAUGCUCUUGGAAACAAAGCAGAGUUUGAUUUGCCGCUGGCAUCGCCACUUUUCUCACUGUUUUUCUACUUGACAUGCCUAGUGCUGGCUGCUGUCCAUGUUAUUGUAUGCACAUCUUCAGAAAACACAUGCUUUUUCUGCAGCAUAUCGUGGGUGUUGGCGAUUGGGAUUAUGGUACUCGUCUCUGCACUUUUUUGCAUUAUUUUAUCUAUUUUUGGAAAAAUGAUAUUGCGUCUAAAACCAUCAAAUGAGGUAACAAACUCGGGCAUGCAGUCCUGGUCAGAGCUGGACAUCCUCCUUUUGGUAGGGACUCUGGGUCAUGUGAUUAGUAUGGGCUCAAGUAGUUUCAUUGAGGAAGAACACCAAACAUGGUAUUUUCUUGUUAGUACACUGUGUCUGGCUCUAUCCCAGGAAAUGUGUCGGAAGUACUUUCUUGUAAAAAAGGGAAAUUUAUCAAACUCUGCAGUUUUCAAUCAAGCAGAGGAAGAAGAUGCAUACAUUAAUGAGGUUUAUGAUGCCCAUAAAAAAGAGUUACAAGAGGAAAAGUUAACAAUUAUAACUCGGUUUAUAAAAAACAAUGAAAAAUGGAUUGCGUUAUCGAGUCCGGGCCUUAUCCUUAUUUGUUGUCGAUUACUACGUCCCCUCAAUCAGACAGGAGUUCAGUGGAUUCAUCGACAAGAUUUUGGCCAUUGGUUGACAAGCUCUGAACACAAGGCUGAACUUUCAUUUCUGGUAGCUGUCUGCUUAAUUAUGAUAUUUAUUUUAAUUCAAGGAAAAUGCUCUGUAGUAUCUAAAGUUGCAUUGAUGUUUGGACUGUUAGGGGUGUACAGUUACCGAGCUGCUAUAGGACAUGUUUUAUAUCCAUGGCAACAAAGUGCUAAAGAAAUUACAAAGGGAAUCACAGAAGCUCGUUUUGUCUACAUAUUUGUCCUUGGAAUUCUUAUCACUGGUAUAAAGGACCUUUUGACAUCACAUGUUCUAAAUGCAGAUUCAAAAGCUAAAGCGGUUGGCUUAUGGGAAAUUUACAGCGGGCUUAUUUUGCUAGCAGCUCUUUUGUUUAGACCACACAACCUUGCAGUGCUGGUUUUCUGCUUACUCAUUCAGCUUAUUUUCACUAUGUUCAUCUGGAAGAUCUUGAAAUACGAUGCUGCUGAAAUCACGAUAAUGCAUUAUUGGUUUGGACAGGCUUUUUUCUUCUUCCAGGGCAAUUCAAAUACUAUAAGUACUGUAGAUAUAUCUGCUGGCUUUGUGGGACUAGAUAACUAUGUUGAGUAUCCAGCUAUUUUCCUAACUAUUUUUGUGACAUAUAGCGGCCCCCUCCUUUGGACUAUGCACAUGCUUUAUUACCUCAGUGCCGAAACAAACUGGAAUUCUACUGCUGUUGCUCAUGGUUGUUACUGCUACGCAAUAAUUCGCUCCCUACCAGUCACGGUGUACAUCCUUCUGGUGACAGCCCUUCGUUACCACUUGUUUAUAUGGAGUGUUUUUUCACCAAAGUUGCUCUAUGAAGUGAUACAUCUGUCUAUCUCGGCAGUAGUUUGUGCAGUGUUCAUUGCUGUAGAUAAGAACCAAGUUAAUAAAUCUGAAGGCUGAGGUGUCCUAAUGAAGAUUCAGAA